CGGGAGUUAUUGAUUCCAUUUUUCUUUACUUCGUUGACUCACCGGUGGAAUCUUCAAAGAUUCCUCUUACCCACGCUCCGACCUCGUCCUACCCGCCGCCGUCGGCGCCACCGCCCGGACAGCCCGUUAAAUCCAAUCAUGCCGCCGCCGCCGCCGCUAUGUGCAUCUCCCGCUGCUCGUGCUCCUUCCUCCCCUCCCCCUCACAGGCAGCCACAGAAUGCGAUCGGCAUGGGCAUUGAGUCACCUCGUCGCGCCCCCAAUCUUGCCCUUUCUGUACCGCCGCCGGCAACGGCGACCCGCCCGCGUGCACCGUCGGCGUUGGCCCCGCCAGAGAUCUAAGUUCGGCAACCAAGUUAAACCUUGGUAGUAGGUUGCUCUUGGUUGUCCCCGCGCUGCUUGGCCGGCUCGCCGAGCCGCGAGCUGUCGGAGCUCCACCUGAUGGUAACCCCUUCUUAUUAGCACACACAUUUUCGCCUCCGUGUGUAGUAUUAUUGUCUGUAUUUGUGAACGCGCGCUUCCUGUCAUAGAACGGCAAUGAUUCUGAAAUCAGCAUUCUCGUGGCAGUCUCUUGUCAAACUGCCUGGUUGCCCGGCAAGGUCCAUGUUCCCUGACAACCAUGGCACAUUUGUGACCAUGAUGAUUGUGAUGGUCGCGGUCUUCGGGUCUUGUCUGUUGCCGGUGGACCGACGGUUGCAACUUGCAAGUGGCCACCGAUCAGUUUCUUAGUGUUUGAUGCAAUCAGCAAACCCAAGGCGGUGCUGGAAUCAUGUGUGGCAAGUUGGAUAUAGAACUCAUUCUGAUUUGACGAGAGCCACAUAAGGAACUCAUAAAUCUGAGGCACUCUACCUCGUGUGUUCGAACCCUCCGAGCAAACAAUCCGAAGUAUCUUCGUACUAUCUCCUUUUCCUCUUCUCAAGCAUAUGGGAACAUCGCACAGGACUCCCUUCCCUGUUUUUGUUCUCCUUUUAUUGAUUUGCUUCUGCAAAUCUGAUGACCACCUAACACCUUCAAAGCUACUCUCCACCGGCGACAAGCUCAUCUCUAACGGUGGUAUCUUUGCUCUUGGCUUCUUCUCCCCAACAAACUCAACCACAAACUCCUAUGUCGGCAUAUGGUACAACAACGUCCCCGAGCGUACAUAUGUGUGGGUUGCUAACCGCGACAACCCGAUCACCAGCGGUUCUCCUGGUAAGUUGGUUCUGACCACCAGCUCUGACCUUGUCUUGUUGGACUCCAAAGGCCGCACUCUUUGGACAACCAUGAACAACAUUACUGCUGGAGGCGUUGAAACUGCUGCUAUACUGCUGGACUCUGGAAACUUGGUCAUCCAGUUGCCCAACGGCACAGAUAUAUGGCAGAGCUUCCAUCACCCAACUGACACCAUCCUCCCUAACAUGAAUUUACCGCUGAACAACAACCUCUCCAUGUACCUCAUCGCCUGGAGGGGCCCUGAUGACCCAUCUUCCAGCGAUUACUCCUUGGGUGUUGAUUCCAGCUCGAGCCUCCAGAUCCUCGCUAAGAAUGGGUCGAGACCAUACUGGCGCAGAGCUGCAUUGGAUGGUGUAUGGGUAUAUGCCAUGUAUCAGAGCAAAUCUGGCAUCAUCAUGUCCCAAACAAUUGCCAAUAGAGGGGGUGAGUUCUACUUGACAUACACCGUCUCUGACGGCUCACCAAGCAUGCGCGUGAUGCUGCACUACACAGGCAUGGUGAAAUUCCUGGCGUGGAGCAGCAACUCACUGUCUUGGGAGAUUUUCUUGGAGCUCCCCGGUUCUAGCUGUGACAGCUAUGCCUCUUGCGGCCCAUUUGGCUAUUGCGAUGGUACACAAGCGGUUGCAACAUGCAAGUGUCUCGAUGGGUUCGAGUCUGAUGAUCAUAACUUAUCCACAGGAUGUCAGAGGAAAAAGGAGCUGCAUUGUGGUGAAGAAGAUAGUUUCAUUACCUUGCUUAGCAUGAAGACACCCGAUAAGUUCCUGUACAUCAGGAAUAGAAGCUUUGACCAAUGCGCAACAGAAUGCAGCCGCAAUUGCUCAUGCACCGCAUAUGCUUAUGCUAACCUUAGUACUCUGGGAACGACUGUAGACCAGUCGAGGUGCUUAGUUUGGAUGGGGGAGCUUGUUGACACAGGGAAGCACGGUGAUGAUUUCGGAGAGAAUCUGUACCUCCGGAUUCGCAGCUCAUCAGUGAGCAAAAAGAAGACUGGUGCGCUGAUUGCACUCCCAGUCUUGUCAGUUCUAUCAGUGCUUGUGUGCAUUUAUCUUGUCUGGAUAUGCAAGUCAAGAGGCAAGCUCCAAACAAAGGCAUCCAUCGAUAUCUUGAUUGAGGGACAAUUGGGCAAUUAUGAUGAACCAUGCGAUCAGAAAUUUCCGUGGAUUAGAUUCAAAGACAUUGUCCCUGCUACAAACGGUUUCUCUGAUUCCAAUGUGCUUGGAAAAGGUGGCUUUGGCAUAGUAUACAAGGGAACGCUGGAAAGUGGCAUGGAGGUUGCUGUUAAAAGGCUUACCAAGUAUUGUGACCAAGGAAUAGAGCAUUUUAGAAAUGAAGUAGUUCUCAUCGCAAAACUGCAGCAUAGAAACUUAGUUAGACUUCUUGGUUCCUGCAUCCGUGGAGAUGAGAGGCUGCUUAUUUAUGAAUACUUACCUAACAAAAGCUUAGACUACUUCCUAUUUGAUGAUACAAAAAAAUCUAUGCUUGAUUGGCCAACAAGGUUUAGCAUAAUUAAAGGGAUAGCCAGAGGACUUCUGUAUCUCCACCAUGAUUCAAGAAUGACGAUAAUUCACAGAGAUCUCAAAGCAAGCAACAUCUUGUUGGAUGUGGAGAUGAGACCCAAAAUAUCAGAUUUUGGCAUGGCAAGGAUCUUUGGUGACAACCAACAACAAGCAAAUACUAGACAUGUUGUCGGAACAUACGGCUAUAUGUCGCCUGAAUAUGCGAUGGAAGGCAUUUUUUCUGUGAAGUCUGAUGCGUAUAGCUACGGUGUCUUGCUUCUGGAGAUUGUAAGUGGGUUAAAGAUCAGCUCGCCCCAUCACCUUAUAAUGGAUUUUCCAAACCUUAUAGAUUAUGCAUGGAACUUCCUGAAAGAAGGAAAAUCCGGGGAUUUCCUAGACACGGUACUUGUCAAGAGCUGCUUAAUGCAUCAAGUGUCUCUGUGCAUCCAUAUUGGCCUUUUGUGUGUCCAAGACUGCCCAAGUGCCAGGCCACUAAUGUCGUUAGUCGUGUCUAUGCUGGACAAUGAGGCCAUUCCACUCACAACACCAGAGCAGCCUUUAUAUUCCGUCGGUAGGAAACAUGAUGCAGAAGAAGCAAGGGAGAACUCGGUUAAUAACGCAAGUCUGACAACGCUAGCAGGGCGCUAGAUGCUUAUGAUUCCUUGCAGUGAGGUAACCUGAAUGCCCUGGAACAUCAAAGGGAAACAGAUUAUGAUUGACUGCCAAGUGGGUUUCAGUGGCCAGCUGCAGGUGGAGAAUCCGCUUCCCCUUUGGCGCCCUCGUCUGAUGGUUAGUUUAAAACUAGUAUUGAUGCUAUCUAUGAUCCAAUGGCUUAUAAAUCUUAUUGUGGUCGGCGUGUUCUUGCUGCUUGAGAUCAAGUGCUGGGAUACAUGACCGUUUUGCUGGACGUGUCAAAAGGGAGGGAAAUGAGGUUGCAAUUAUCACAACUUUGUAGAGUAUAGUUGAUCAGGUAUUCAGGUUCAAUGAUUGUGUUGAAUCCUGGUGUCCAAACUGAUUGUGCUUUCUAAAAAAAAGCUAAUUGUGCGAGAUCGUAAUAAUUUUUUAUCAAUUAAUAAUCUAUAUUGUCUAA